UUACGGUAACGGGAAGUAAACCCUUGUUUGGCGGCGACAGAGAAACCGAAAGGAAACGACGAGAAACCAUGGGAAAACGAGAGAAAAAGCCCAAACACCAAAAUCGACGUCGCCAGAGAGGAUCCUUUCCGAAUGAUGAGGGAGAUUUCGACGGAAUCGAUCGGUAUGAGCAACACCCGCCGAGGGUUGCGGCCGGCGACGACGACGACGAUCGCGAAAAAGAUGAAGAAGGAGAGGAAGAGGGGAACGAUGUAGAUGAGGAAAUACAGGAAAAUGACGGGCUCCAAUCAUCUGAUUUGCCGUCAAAGUUCCUUCUCUACCAACAAUCCGUACAGUUCGUGGAAUUUUACAUGGUGGUGCAGUCACCGAAAGGGGACAUAAGCUACCUACAGAAGUUCUUUCUUAUGUAUGUGGGUGGAAGGCAGCCUCUACAUCUACAGGAAGACUUCUGUGGCACUGCCCUACUCAGCGUGGAGUGGCUGCGUACUGAUUCAAGGCGGACUGCCAUAGGACUAGAUUUGGACCUCGAGGCACUAGAAUGGUGCAUGGAGAACAACAUUAGUAAAGUUGGGGCUGAUGGGUAUUCGAGAAUAUCGCUUUUUCAUGGAAACGUUUUGAGUCCUCACGAGAGUAAGCUAGUGAAAUUCAAUUCAGAAGAACUGCAAAAUAUGAGAUUGAACGAUGGUGAUAGCGAAGAUUCACCUGAUCCUGGAGUCAAAUCCUUAGAGGAAGAUGGUCUUGAUGCAUUACCGAAGAGGGACAUUGUCUGUGCUUUCAACUAUAGCUGCUGUUGUCUCCACAAACGCUCUGAACUGAUUUCUUACUUCAAGAAUGCUCGUAAUGCAUUGUCAAAGAGAGGCGGUAUUUUUGUGAUGGAUUUAUAUGGAGGAACCUCUGCCGAGGGACAGUUGAAACUUCAAAGGAGAUUCCCCAGUUUCACGUAUGUAUGGGAGCAAGCUGAGUUCGACAUUAUUGGUCGGAAGACGAGGAUCAGCCUUCACUACCACCUUCUGAAGCAGAACAAAAAGUUACGCCAUGCAUUUUCCUAUAGCUGGAGGCUGUGGUCAUUGCCGGAGAUAAAGGACUGCCUCGAAGAAGCCGGGUUUGGAUCAGUUCAUUUUUGGCUGAGAGAAAUGCCCGAUUCUUCCGAAAUGCGAAGGACCGAGGGGUUUGGACAUGGACGUGAUCUCAAGUACGAAGAAGUUGAGAGCUUUCAGCAAUGUGAUGCUUGGAAUGCUUAUGUUAUCGCUAUACGGUAAGAGCUCCUAACCGAUGGUAACUGGUUAACCGGCAUUCCUGAGCCCGGUUUAGCAAUUUGUUAUGCUUCUAAUUUUUUGUUGUACCACUUGAGUUUUGAUUUUUUUUUAAUAAAAAGGGGGGCUAAAUUUCGUCGGAUUUUCUUUCUUAA